CUGUGUAUUUGUUACUACUAUAUACUCUUACAUUUUUUUUAUAUAAUUUAUUUUCGUUUAAUAUGUAUAUAUAGACAAUAUAUAUAUACAUAUAUAUAUAUUUAUUUUGUGCUUUGAACUGGUCAGCUUCUUUAGGUCCUUUGUUGAGAUUUCAGUAUCUCUGUAGGAGCAGGCACUUUUGAACUGAGAUUAUCUGAUACAGCUUGUAGUGGAGUGCUUAAGCAAGUUUGUUCAUGGUUUAUUUGAAGGUCAAGCAUGUGAUCUGGAUCAGUUGACUCUUUUUUGAGGCCAUCAGUGUCAUCUUUCUCUGAUUUUCUGAAUUGGGUCGGAGUUAUUACACUUGAUUUGGGGGGGUCUUUGAGGAAUUUGCUGUCAAAGUGAAGGACUAUCUGGAAAAUCUUGCUUUUCUUUGGGUUGUGUGAGAGAGAUGGUGGUGGAGGGCACUUUAAUCUUAUCUGUGCUGUGACUUUUUGAAGUGGGUUUUGAGUUAUUUUCAUCAGAUUUUUGAGGGUUUGAAGAAAAAAUGAUUAUGAAAAUCAGGGACUAUUUGGGGACUUUUUCGUGACUUGUGUAAGGGGGGUGGUAGUUGGGGUGGUGGUUGUGGUGGUGGUGGACGGAGGGGAAGCCGGGUGUAUGGUGAUUUUUGGGGAUUUGGGUUUUGAUGAUAUCUGGGUUUGAUUCAAGGGUUUGUGAAAGAUGGGAUUAGGUGGGGAUGGCGUUAAAGUAGAGUCUUGGGAUGUGGGCAAAUCAAAGGGUGGGAAGAAGAAGAAGAAGAAAGAUGGUGCUGUGGAGGAGACUGGGUGUUGGGUUAAGUUGAGGUUUAUUGGUAGCUGUAUUUCAUCAAGAUCUAAAGUUGAUAGCUCUAUUAGUGGCAUCAGUACUCACUGCGAAAGUAAAUCUACAAAUGAUACGAGCAGAGACGAACAAGUUGCUGUGAUAGUCUCAUCAACUACUCCAAGUAAUGCUGAAAGUAAUUCUUCCACUUCCAAACUUGAAGAGGAACUUAAAGUUGCUUCUCGGCUUCGGAAAUUCGCAUUUAAUGAUCUCAAGCUAGCAACAAGAAAUUUUAGACCAGAGAGUCUCCUUGGUGAAGGUGGCUUUGGUUGUGUUUUCAAAGGCUGGAUUGAAGAGAAUGGAACUGCACCAGUAAAGCCCGGUACAGGACUUACUGUUGCUGUGAAAACCCUCAACCAUGAUGGGCUUCAGGGUCACAAAGAAUGGCUGGCCGAAGUGAAUUUUCUUGGUGACCUCAUUCAUCCUAAUCUGGUUAAACUUAUUGGUUACUGCAUUGAAGAUGAUCAAAGGCUGCUAGUGUACGAGUUUAUGCCUCGAGGAAGCUUGGAGAAUCAUCUAUUCAGGAGAUCCCUGCCUCUUCCAUGGUCCAUCAGGAUGAAAAUUGCUCUUGGUGCUGCAAAAGGUCUUGCUUUUCUUCAUGAGGAAGCUGCACGACCGGUGAUAUAUCGUGAUUUUAAAACCUCCAACAUCCUGUUAGAUGCAGAAUACAACGCUAAGCUUUCUGAUUUUGGACUUGCCAAAGAUGGUCCAGAGGGAGACAAAACUCAUGUCUCUACUCGUGUGAUGGGAACAUAUGGUUAUGCAGCCCCCGAGUAUGUCAUGACAGGACAUCUUACAUCCAGGAGUGAUGUCUACAGCUUUGGUGUGGUUCUGCUUGAAAUGUUGACUGGUAGAAGAUCAAUGGACAAGAACCGCCCCAAUGGGGAACACAACCUUGUGGAAUGGGCACGGCCACAUCUGGGAGAGAGAAGAAGGUUUUACCGAUUGAUAGAUCCUCGGCUUGAAGGCCAUUUUUCGAUAAAAGGUGCACAGAAAGCUGCGCAGUUAGCUGCUCGCUGCCUUAGCCGGGAUCCAAAGGUCAGGCCUUUGAUGAGUGAAGUUGUCGAAGCCUUAAAACCUCUGCCAAACCUCAAGGACAUGGCAAGCUCUUCGUAUUACUUCCAGACCUUGCAAGCUGACCGAGUUGGGGCCAGCCCAAAUGCUAGAAAUGGUCUUCGCACUCAGGCCGGGCUGCUUUCGAGGAAUGGGCAGCAACAUCCGAGGAGCCUUUCGAUACCAAAUGGUACACAUGCUUCUCCAUAUCAUCAUAAUCAGUUCCCUCGUAAUUCACCAAAACCAAAUGGCAAACCAUAGUUCUGGUUGGUAAAUUAUCUGUGUAUUUUUUGCCAUCCCUUUUUACCAUUCAUUUUUUCUUUUCUUUGUUCGAUUAUAAAUAUAUCUUUGCCGGAGGCAUUUGUUCUUGGACCACUGGCAAAGAAACAGAGGAACACAUUUGCACUAUAUGGUGAUCUUUAGAGAGUGGGUGACCUCCUUGGGGAGAGAAUGUAAUGUAAGGGGAUCUGAAGUUCAUGAAGUAAAUGUUUAUGCUUGCAAA